AUGCUCACACACACACCGCACGCGCUAUCUGCGACCACGAAACCGAACACGCACACGUUCGAUGUCCCUGCGUCCACGUCCGAUCCGAAAUCCCAACAUGAAACGCGAAAAGGCCACCCCAACGUAUUCUCGCGCCUGCAAGCGCUCUUCCCCGCCUCGCCCUCCCUCUCCUCGCCCCUGCCCCCGCGCACCCCGAGCCUCGGCACCGACGCGUCCAACAAGCACGCGCACGCGAUCCCGCCCCCCGCAAAGUCGCUCAAAGUGCGCAUCAUCACGUGGAACAUGCACGAGUCCCUGCCCAAGGGCGACCUUCGCGAGCUGCUCGGCGAGGUCCCGCCGUACACACCCUACAUCCCUCUCGACGAUCCUGCCGCAUUCCCGUAUCUGCCUGCCGAGGCUGAGCACCCGUACCACCUGGUCGUCGUUGCGGGACAGGAAUGCCCGAGCCUGUCACGCUUGCCUAUGGCACUUGGCGCAGGAUUCAAGCUCAAGGAGAAGGAAAAAGACAAGGAAAAAGAUAAAGAUAAAGACAAGGAAAAGGACAGGGAAAGGGACGCCGACAGAGAGGAGAAAGAGGCGUUUAAAGACAACCUGAAGGAUCUCCAGCACCGGCUCCUCAAGCACGAGCAAGACGAGCACGCGCACACUGCCAGCACCUCCGGCUGGACGUCGAUCCUCGAAGAUUGGUUCUGCCACGGCGUGCACCCGCACAUGCUCGCGGUGGCUCGCGCGCCGCUCAAGGACGUCGGGCGCGCGUUCUCAUCGGGCGAUGUCAAGCGCCGCCACACGACGUCGAUGCCGACCAAGGUGUCCGCGACCGCGAUGGCACGCGCAGGGAGCCCCGCGGCGCCUCCUAUGCCCGGAGAACCGGUCCGCAGCUCGAAGGGUCCAUACGAGAUGCUGGUGAAGGAGCGCAUGAUGGGGCUCUACUUGGCUGUAUUUGUGCAUCGGGACGCAAAGCGUCUCGUCACGGGAACGUCACACGCUGCGGUUACUGCAGGGCUGAUCGGUGGCAGGGUCGGGAACAAGGGCGGCGUGGGUGUGAGUCUGAACAUAGCGGGCAGCACGAUUUUGUUUCUGAAUGCUCAUUUAGCUGCGCAUGAAGGGAAAAUUCUGCACCGCUUGGCCAACUUGUCGAAGAUCAAGGUGGACGACGCGGUUUUUUUUGAAAACGUCCUUGAAUGGCUGACUGCCCGUCCUGAUGUCAUGCAGAACGAACUCGCGGUGGACGCGUUCUUGAAGUACGAUGAUCCGCGCAUGGUGGCAGAGGGCACGAUUCACUUCUCUUCGCAUUAUCAGGAUGGCGGGGCUGAUGCGCAUCUCGGUCUUCUAGAUCUCACCGACAAGUUCGACUACACGUUCCUCUGCGGGGACCUCAACUUCCGCCUCGACAUCUCGCGCCUCCACGCAGACUGGCUGAUUUCGAAGCAGAAAUACGCCGAGGCCCUCGCCUUUGACCAGCUCUAUAACCUCAUGCGCAACGGCCAGGCGUUUGUCGGGUUCAGGGAGGCGCCCAUCAACUUUCCACCGACGUUCAAAUACGACGUGCUGCGCACGCUCAAGGGCAAGCGCAAGGGUUCGACCAGGGAAAACACGGCGCCUUUCGAGGAGGCGUCCGCGCCGCCCGCAGACGUCGCCCCCGUGGAAGCGCCGCAGCCCGAGAGCAAGCCGAGCUCCGACGGCGAGGAGGAGCACGACAACGGCGAGGCAAUGAGCAUCAUGUCGUCCGGGACGUCCUACUCCAAGAAGACGGUCGACGACCACGAGCCGGACGAGAGCGACGACGAGGACGACGAGGACUUCGACGUGUCGCCGCUCAAGGACGCCGAGGCGCGUGCGCAGGAGCUCAGCCGCCGGCAGAGCGGCGCGACGCGCAUCGUGAAGCGCAUCUCGAGCACCGCCGCGCACAAGGCGAAGCUCAAGUGGAACGAGCUCAUCUCCCCGGCCGCGUCGCCGCAGUCUGCGACCAAGUGGCCCCGCGCGCCGGGCAAGCGGCAGAGCGCGGGGCAGGCGAUGCUCGGCCCGGACAGCUACCCGGCGUCGAUGCCGUCGACGCCGGUGGUGGGCGGCAGAGACUACCCGAACGUGCCGACGAGCCAGAGCGCGGCGGACCACGAGGCGCUGCUGCACUCGCCGCUGUUCAAAAAGAGGGCGAGCUCGACGAAGUCGGGAACGCGGCGGUUGAAGGCCGCGCUCGAGGAAGACAAGGGCGUGUACGACUCGUCGAGCAAGCAGCGGGUCCCGAGCUGGUGCGACAGGAUUCUCUGGAAGUCUUCCGUGAAGCCUCGUCUGGAUGACGAGGACGAGGAUCCGACGCAGCAUCGCACGCAAUUCGGGCAGCUCUUCGUCAACGCGUGGCGCACCAUCGCGUCUCGCAGCCGUAGGGGAUCAACGACAUCCUCCCGCUCUAUAGAACUAUCCCCCUCUCCCUCAAUACACACCUAUGACUCGGGCCUCCCGCCAAUAUCUCCCAGCGACUCUGUCGCUCUUGCUCGUUCGGUCUCGGGGACUCCAAACCUCUCCAGCCCCUCCCAAGGUGCGCGGCGGAACAGGCGCCCUAAAUCCGUAGAAAUCCCCUCCACGUCUUCCCCGGACUCGCUCUUCCGCUCGCAGUCCAGCACACACCUAGACCAGUCCCUCACCUUCACGCCCCAUCUGCCUCCUAUAUCAUUCACGCCUCCCCGUCCCAACAACACGCCGAGCGUCCCCGUCCGCUCCUCGACGUCACCAGAGCUGACGUCCCCCACACCCUUCCCAUUCGCGCCGAUGACCGCGUUGCCGCGCCAGAGCUCCGACACCCCGCCGCCGGUACCGCCGAAGGAUCCGGUGCACAUCAUGUCGACGCCCUACCGGUGGCGGUUCCUCCCCUUCAUGGGCCGCGACUCCACCUCCGGCUCGCAAUCGGGGACCCCCGCGCUGUCGGAAUUCGGCCACGGCCGUGACGCGCCCGGUGCGCCCGCGCACAAACCGAAGCGCGGCGAGGUCGUAUGCUUGAGCUACCAAACGCUCGACGACCGAGGGAUGCGGAGGCUGGAGGGCCGGAGCGAUCACAGACCAGUCAUCGGGAGCUAUGCGAUCUAUAUCUGA